CAACAAUGACGGAUCAUUUGUCGAGCCUAACUUUCCCAAGUUGCAAUGCGUAUAUACUAAGCAGCACGUCCAGACUAAGAAAUCAGAAGUGAAUCGGUAUCAGAUCGUAAUUAAAGAAAAUAUAUGAACCAGCCAGAACCCAUAAUGGCUUAUCCGAGAUCGAACAGAGGCGAGCAGGAGUGGAGGGUUGGGAGUGCCAAUGGAAACCAGAUGGAUAUAUCGAUCCAAAUCCGUGGCUCUCCUGGCCAGCUCCGCGAACUGUUUCAAGGUUCACCAGGGUGUCACUACGGAACAACUAAAUCGAUUAGUGGAAUCUAUUAUGGUAACUCAGGGGUGCGGUUGCAAGAACUAGAAUGCGAAUCAAGAGAGGCAAAGACAAAGAUGAGAAAGGCACACCAAAAGCAGUGCUGUGGCGGUUGUUGCAUAAUCUUUUCUCCAUUGGUGAAGCUACUGCUAUGCUUAUCAGGGGCGUUAAGUUGUUGCUUUUUAACUCUUUAAAAGGGUCGAUCAAUCAGGAAGUUAUGCUAAGAACUUAUAUAUAGCUCUUCAAUACAUUGUAAGAUGUAGAAACUUUAUAUAAAAAUAAGGGUGUGGUGUUAACACGCCAAUUUAAAGAGAA